AUGGUCCAAGUCGAGAAUAAAGCUGUGCUGAUUGUCAUUGAUGGAUGGGGAGUUCCAGGUGAAAAUUCACCUAAAGAUGGAGAUGCCAUUACAAACGCGGAAACUCCAGUAAUGGACGCUUUCGCAAACAACCCAGAUGGAUACACCAAGCUUGAGGCAUCCUCUUUGGCAGUAGGACUUCCCGAGGGCCUGAUGGGCAACUCGGAGGUCGGUCAUUUGAACAUUGGUGCUGGACGAGUCGUAUGGCAGGAUGUGGUCAGAAUUGACCAAACAAUUAAAAAAGGAGAGUUGAACAAGAACGAGGUUGUCAUGAAGGCAUUCAAGGCUGCUAAGGAUGGUAAUGGACGUCUCCACCUUUGUGGCUUGAUCUCAGAUGGUGGUGUACACGCCAAGCAAGACCACCUCUACGCCCUCCUCAAGGUUGCGAAGGAACUCGAAAUUCCCCAUGUCUAUAUUCACUUCUUUGGUGAUGGACGUGAUACCGACCCAAAAUCUGGCGCUGGUUACAUGGAAGCUCUUCUAGAGAAUAUUAAGGAAAUUGGAAUCGGCGAGAUCGCAACAGUUGUCGGCAGAUACUAUGCUAUGGACCGUGAUAAGCGAUGGGAUAGAGUUGAAGUUGGAUUGAACGGUCUAUGCAUCGGUGAAGGAGAGGAGAGCAGUGACCCAGUCAAGACAAUUAAGGAGAGAUAUGCGAAGGGCGAGAACGACGAGUUCUUGAAGCCUAUCAUUGUAGGAGGAAAGGAGGCUCGCAUCCAAGAUAACGAUCAAGUCUUUUUCUUCAACUACCGAUCCGACCGUGUCCGAGAGAUCACUCAACUGCUUGGCGAUGUUGACCGUUCGCCAAAACCAGACUUCGCCUACCCAAAGAACAUCACUCUUACUACUAUGACCCAAUAUAAGCUCGAUUACCCAUUCGAAAUCGCAUUCAAGCCUCAGCACAUGGGUAAUGUCUUGGCCGAAACUCUCGGUGCCCAAGGCGUCAACCAGGUUCACGUUGCCGAGACUGAGAAAUACGCUCACGUUACAUUCUUCUUCAAUGGAGGUGUCGAGAAAAUGUUCCCUCUGGAGGUUAGAGACGAAUCGCAAGAUCUCGUACCAUCGAACAAGAGCGUCGAUACCUACGACAAAGCCCCAGAGAUGAGUGCUGCAGGUGUCGCCAAGCAAACGAGCAAACGUAUCUCGGAAGGAAAAUUCGAAUUCGUGAUGAAUAACUUUGCGCCACCUGAUAUGGUUGGCCACACCGGUGUCUAUGAGGCUGCAAUAAUUGGUGUUGCUACUACUGAUAAAGCCAUUGGCGAGAUUUAUGAGACUUGCAAAAAGGAGGGAUAUGUCCUUUUCAUUACCUCUGAUCACGGUAAUGCCGAAGAAAUGAAGUUUGCCGACGGCAAACCCAAAACUUCCCACACAACCAAUAAAGUGCCAUUCAUUAUGGCGAACGCUCCACAGGGCUGGUCUCUCAAGCAAACAGAUGAAGGUGUUCUAGGUGAUGUAGCACCUACGAUUCUGGAAGUUAUGGGCUUGAAACAACCCGAGGAGAUGACUGGAUCCAGUCUUUUGGUCAAGAGUUAG